AAGGCGUGCUCUUUAAGAGGUUUACGAUUUAUAAUUAUUAUCACAUUUUUGAAUUUGAUCAACUUAAAAACGGAAAGUUUAAUUAUAACAUAAUUAUUUUCUUGUUACUCGUUACACUCGGGCCAAACUUUACAAACAGGACCAGAGAAGCAAGUUAAAGCUGCACCCAUCCAUCUAGGGCUAUUCAUUGUCGUGGAGGAGCUCCGGUUCCACAAGGAGACUCCAUCCUAGAAACCGCCCCCUCCCACACUGGAUGCCCCCGCUUCAGAUGGAUCUCAAAAUACAUAAAGCCUCCAUGUUGCGCACUGGGCAUGUUGGCCCCACACUGAUGACCAAUUCCUUUGAAAAGUCUCUGCUGUAACAUCGAAUUUUAUUUUUAUUUGCAUCCUGAGUUAGUUUCGAUCGUGUGUUUGGACGAUAAUCUCCCGGAUCCUGUUCGCGCGGUUCACAAGGCACGCCGUCACAUUUUUCUCAGUGGAUUCACGCAGCUAACCAGGCUAACCUAAGCUAACUCGGAGCCAGUUCAGAUCCAGCAUCGGACCGUUCGUCACACAAUACACACACUCGUGUUGGAUGAGUGGUCGACCAAGAUCAUUGUUUACAUCUGUUGACAUUAACAGAGGAGGCAUUUUUGGUGGUGUAAUGCCCUAAAUGACAACCAGGUCGACCAGGAUCCCACCCUCCUCUUCCGACGGUGCUAGCUGGUUGCUGGUUCGCGCCGCCGCCACAACGACGCCUCUGAUCGGCCGCUAAGCCUGCUGGCUCUGGGGGCUCGCAGGUUCUCCGCGCCUUUAGACCCACUAGCUUAACUAGUUAGCUUGCACAAGAAGCGGGCUCGGUUGCUGGAUAAGACAAACAUUCACAACUGUAAAGGAAACCCGCAUCCGUCGCAAUGGACCACAUGUCCAUCAUCACACAGGUUUCCAAUCCCAAAGAGGAGGAAAUCAUCUCGUUCAACCAGGAGAAAGCGGCGUCGCAGUCCAACGUCAGCCUCAAGAAGCAGAGGAAUCGCAGCAUCUUCAGCUCCUUCUUCUGCUGCUUCCGCAACUACAAUGUGGAGGUGCCCGCGUCCAACACUAUCAGCAGCUCUCUGCCACCCCCAGUGGAGGAGAAUGGAACUCCGCCCAAGUCCGACCAGGUCCAGGUCAUCCCUGUCCCUAGUCCUCCGGCCAAAUACCUCCUCCCGGAGUUGACGAUAGCGGACGACGGCAAGAAGUGUGUUGUGAUCGACCUGGACGAGACCCUGGUCCACAGCUCCUUCAAGCCUAUCAGCAAUGCGGAUUUCAUCGUUCCCGUGGAGAUCGACGGUACUGUUCAUCAGGUGUAUGUGCUGAAAAGACCGCACGUCGACGAGUUUCUACAGAGGAUGGGAGAGCUGUUUGAAUGUGUGCUGUUUACCGCCAGUCUAGCCAAGUACGCCGACCCCGUGGCCGACCUGCUGGACCAGUGGGGGGUGUUCCGCGCCCGUCUCUUCCGGGAGUCGUGCGUCUUCCACCGGGGGAACUACGUGAAGGACCUUAGCCGGCUGGGCCGCGAGCUGGCCAGCGUCAUCAUCGUGGACAACUCGCCCGCCUCCUACAUCUUCCACCCGGAGAACGCGGUGCCGGUGCAGUCGUGGUUCGACGACAUGAACGACUCGGAGCUGCUGGACCUGCUGCCUUUCUUCGAGGGACUAAGCAAAGAGGACGAGGUCUACGGGGUCCUGCAGGACCUGAGGGGGAGGUAGCAGGACCACCGGCGGCUCCCUCCGCCACCUGCUCCUCGCGGGGCCACCAGCGUGUACCCAGCCCCCCCAGGCCUGUGUGUGUCUCUCUCGCUGAUGCCCCCCCCCUCCCCCAACUCCAACUCCCUUGCUCCCUCCCCUCUCCUCACACUCCCACACAUCUGACUCAGAACUCAGGCAGAACCUCUCUCUCUCUCUCACACAUGUACACGUGCCCGUGCACCCCCUGGUUGCGCCCACUAGGGGGUGCCCAUGGAGUCUCACUGUGGAAAAAAAGAAAAAACUAAAACAAUGCUAUACUUCUACCUGAACCUUCCUCUCCUCUCUGUGACCUGCUGGAGACCGGACAUCUCUGUACAAAAAGAGUUCCCCGCGGACGGUGGAAACAGACUGGGCUCCGUAUCCGUGCAGUCCCCCCUCCUCUGAGGACCGGAGACGGGGGUCCUUCAUACCGUCGUGGUGUGGGGGGGGGGGGGGG